AUGGAGCCACCAGAAGAUGAAAAACGUGAUAUCCUGGAAAAGGCACAUUUAUUCGGUCAUUUUGGAGCUGAGGCUAUUGUCAAGGCUAUUCGCAACAAUGGACUGUACUGGCCAAAAAUCAAGGAACAAGCCGUUGAGUUGGUAAAAUCCUGUAAGGAGUGCCAAAAGUACAACAUCGCGCAAAAUGGAUAUAAUCCUCUGAGACCGAUCCGUGCGUACGUUCCAGGUGAUCAUUGGGCUAUAGAUCUUGCUGGUCCUCUCACCACAUCCAAACGAGGUAACAACUACCUGCUAGUACUCAUUGAUAUUUGUACACGUUUUUGCAUCUUGCGUCCCAUACCGCAUAAGCAAUCACAUACCAUUGUUCAAACCUUGGUACAAGUAUUUUGCGACUUUGGACUGCCUCGAGUAUUACAAUCAGACAAUGGCACCGAAUUUGUCAAUGAUCUAAUGUCUCGUUUUGAACGCGCAGCUGGCUUCGAUCAUCGUCUCGUAUCACCGUAUCAUCCACGUGCAAAUGGAGUAGCGGAAAGAUGGGUACAAACCUCAGUUGGAGCUAUCAAAAAGAGAGUACAAGGAGUGCAUGAAAAUUGGGACCUAUACGUACCUGCUGUCCAAUUGGCAAUGAACGCCAAGGUUAGCAAGCGUACCGAAUCACCUCCUUUCUCGUUGAUGUUUGCUCGUAGGCUGAACAACUUCGACGACUAUCGCAAUGAGGAACAACUCUCACCAAUGACUCGACAAGAACUGUUGAAACGCAUUGACCAAAUGAACGAGAUUGUGUUCCCAGCGAUAAGAGCCAGGACUGAAGCAAUAACGGAAAAGCAAAAGAGCAAGUUUGAUAAACACCACAAACUCAUUGACUUUCCCACGGAUAGUCACGUCAUGAAACGCGUGCUGCAAAAGAAAGGUAAGCUUUAUCCUGAAUACGAAGGCCCAUUUACAGUCGUACGCAAGACCAAAGGUGGAUCCUAUGUCCUCAAGGAUGAAAUGGGAGAUCUGCUACCUAUUGAUGUGCCUCCUUCGCAACUCAAGCUCAUCUCACAAGAUGAAAUCAUUCCUGCCGAUCAAUUGUUUGAAGUGGAAAGCAUUAUUGCACACAACAAAGAUGAUAAUGGCAACAUGACAUACAAAGUGCGUUGGAAAGGUUACACUGCGGAACACGACACAUGGGAACCUUACGAACACUUCACCAGCGAUGCACCCAUUGCGGCGUAUUGGGCUCGCAUUAAUGCGCAAUCACCGCAUAACAGCGGACAUCCAAAUCGCAAACGCAAAUCGCACAAUCGCUCACUAUCCACCAGAUCCAACAAGCGAUCAAAGAAAUAG